GCAUCGUAUCCUAACCCCUGGGGCGCCGACUCGAAUCCGCACUAGAGCUCAGCGGAUGCCCCACCAUGGCCGAGGAUGCGCCAUUGUCCUCGGCCUCGCCCUCGCCGUCGGGGCCGCUCUGCCCCUUCCUCUUCAAGAAGUCGGGCCGCCCGGCGCCUAGGGGCCGCCGCCGGAGACGCGGGGCCGGGGAGGGGCGGCCCGACGGCGGCAGCAGCAGCAGCGACGAGAGCCCGGCCGUAGUUCGGCCGGACAGGAAGCGGGCCGCCCCCAACCCCAUGUUCCAGAAGAGCCGCGGGCGCGGCGAGGGCCGCGACGACGGCCGCGACGACGAAGGCCGCGCCCCGGCCCUGGCCGUGUUCUACCCGUCCAGCCGCUCGGCCAAGCCGGCCGGGCCCGAGGACAUGGGCGCCACGGCCGGCCGCGAGGUGGACGCGGCCCGCCCGGCCCGGCCCCGGGACCGUCGGGGGCCCGUGCGCGCCCCCGAGCACCUGCGCGCCACCGUGCGCUGGGACUACCAGCCCGACGUGUGCAAGGACUACAAGGAGACCGGCUUCUGCGGCUUCGGCGACACCUGCAAGUUCCUGCACGACCGCGCCGACUACAAGCCGGGCUGGCAGAUCGAGCGCGAGCUGCGCCAGGGCCGGUACGGCGCCCCCGACGACGCAGCCUACGAGCUGAGCAGCGGCGCCGGCGCGCACGGCCGCCCGCCCCGCCGGUGCCUCCUGUGCCGCCACCCCUUCCGUAGCCCCGUGGUCACCCCGUGCGGCCACUGCUUCUGCGGGGCCUGCGCCCUGCGCCACUUCCGCUCCUCCCCGCGCUGCUACGUGUGCGAGCGCCCCACCCACGGCGUGUUCAACCCGGCCCGGGGACUGGUGGCCGAUGACAAGGAGCCCCCAGAUGUGUCCUCCGACGGCGCCACCCUCCGCGCCUAGACCGCGUGGAGCCAUGCCAAUAAAGAGCUCUGUGCUGCCCACG